CGACCUUACAUUGGUCAAGUUCGGUUACAAAUAAUUCUUACAAUUUAUUUGUUCUUUUUUUUAGUUUAACUUGUUUUAAUCAGAAAAUAUUUAUUCUCCUUCAAAUUUUGAAGUAUUAUUUUUGAAUAAAUAUUUUUUUUUUCGAAAACUGAAAAAAAUUAAAAAAGUGUUGUUGAAUUGUGUGUGUUUUGGAAAAAUAGAAAGUUCAAGAAUUUUACUGUGUAUUUUUUGUUGUAUGCAAAUAUAAUUUUUAAUUUUUUCAAAAUUUCUUAUUAAAAUAAAGAAAAAUUUUAACAAAAAGUAUUUUUGGUGCUAAUAUUGUUUUUCGCGAACUGGGAAUAUAAAUUUAAUAAAAAUUCCGAAAAAAAAUCAGCAAUUGUUAAUGACAUGACAACAGGUGUUUUGAAUUGAAUUUUAAAAAAAUAUAUUUGGAUUUUGAAAAAAAGUGCGAUUUGAAAAUUUCAAGCAAAAAAUAUUAAGAGUAUUUAAAGACAACGAAACUUUUAAAGAAAACAACUUUCUCUGACUCUAUGGACAAUAAAGAAGCAAAAGGAAACUAUUGAAUAAACAAAAAAUAUACCAUAGAAGAUACUAAAAAGACCCCAAAAGAAGGCAGAAUCAACCAUUUGCGUAUAUUAACAAACAAGACAUCAUAAUUAUUGGAUAAAUAAAACAUUUCCAAACAAAAGCCAUAGAAACAACAAAUACACAAGGUACACGUGUGUCGAUCUUACAGAUACAAAUUCAAAGAAAACAAAAGUUUUCUUAAAAGAGAGAGAUAUAGAAAUAAAACGCGAAAAUAGCAACAAAAAUAAAAUAUUGAACUAAACUAGACAUCACAGCUCAAGAAGCACAAUUCAAAUAAAUAACAUGAGUUUUCGAAUUUUAACACCAUUAACAACGACAAAUAGAAUGUCACGUCUAAUAUUCAUAACUCUGCUAAGUGUAUUGAUUUUAACACCUGAAAGCAUACAGGCUGCCAGAAGAUCACGUUUAGAUUUAACAGCGGCAAAUGCUUCAGCCUCAGAUGUCGCUGCUGCCGCCACCAGUACCAACAGUAAUAAUGAUAGUGAAACUUUAAAAACUGCAUCAGCACCUCAAGUGUCUUUGGAUAAUGCAUCAUCGGCUUUACCUUUAAAAAGUGAUCAAUCAUCAUUGGCAGCAGAUAUUUCAGCGGGUAGUGGAGAUAAUGCAGCGAUUGUUAAAGAUCCGAUUGCUUUACCAGCUGUUGUAGAUACCGGCAAAUCGGCUCCUUCCGAUUUAAUUGCUGAAGAAGAAAAACAACCUGCUGAUGCGGAAUUAUCUAAAGAACAAAAAGAAACACCUACUGCUAGUUUUGAAGAUGUUGAGGUAGUGGAUAGUGCUACACAAUUAGGCUCAUCGGGUAGUGGUUCUUCUCCACAGCCUCACGAAGAGUGUGAUUCCGAUAUGUUGGGUUUUGAGAUAGUAACCGGUUAUGUAUUCUCGGCUCCUGGUAAACUAUUGGAUUCAUUGCCUGGUACACUAAUGUUAACAGAUUGUUUGGAAGCAUGCCAGGGUAAUGAAACAUGUCAGGCGGUUAAUUAUGAAACUGGUCUAUGUGUAUUAUUCUCAGCCAAUGCUGAUCAAUUGCCUGGUGCCUUAACCAAAUCACAAUUCCCGGUGUUUACAAUUUAUGCUCAAAAAUUAUGUUUGGGAGUACGACCAUGUGCACGUGCUUGGUGUGUUGAUCGUGUGCAAAACUAUAAACUUAAUGGACAUGCUAAAAGUUCAGUGUCAGUGGAAUCAAGACGUGAUUGUUUCGACUUGUGUUUAGGUGAAACAGAAUUUACAUGUCGAUCAGCCAAUUAUUAUCGUGCCACAAAUAUUUGUGAAUUGUCUGAAAUGGAUCGUAUUACAUUGGCGGGUACAAGUGCAUUCCAGGCUCAUGAUGGCAUCGAUUAUCUUGAAAACAAUUGUGCCGAAGAACCAAAUAAAUUAUGUGAAUUUAAACGUUUAUCGGGUAGAAUAUUGAAAACAGUAGAUUCAGUAUAUCAGGAUGUUGGCAGUAUUGAUGAGUGCCGUGAUUUGUGUAUAAAUUCACCAUACAGAUGCCAUUCCUAUGACUUUGGUGAUACCGGCGAUAUGGUCUGUCGUUUAUCUCAUCACAGUCGUGCCACUCUUUCCGAUGUACAAGAUCCCUAUCUUGAAGUACCCGAAGCAGCAACCUAUGAACUUUAUUCUUGCUAUAAUGUUACCAUCGAAUGUGGAGCUAGUGAUAUGGUAGCACGUAUACGCACUUCAAAACUUUUCGAUGGCAAAGUCUAUGCUAAGGGUUCUCCCAAGUCGUGUUCGGUAGAUGUGAAAAACAAUUUGGAAUUUGAACUGCGUAUGGGUUAUUCAGAUUUGGAAUGUAAUGUAAGACAACAGGGUUCGGGACGUUAUAUGAACGAUGUGGUUAUACAGCAUCAUGACACUAUUGUAACAUCUUCGGAUUUGGGUUUGGCAGUGACUUGUCAAUUUGAUUUGACCAAUAAAUCGAUAUCGAAUGAAGUGGACUUGGGUGUUAAGGGUGACAUUGAACCGGCCUUGUCUGAAGAAGUUAUUGUUGAUUCACCUAAUGUUAUCAUGAAGAUUACCUCACGUGAUGGUUCUGAUAUUAUGCGUUCUGCUGAGGUAGGCGAUCCUUUGGCUUUGAAAUUCGAGAUUUUGGAUGAAUCCAGUCCCUAUGAAAUCUUUGUACGUGAAUUGGUUGCUAUGGAUGGUGGUGAUACUGCUGAAAUAACUUUAAUCGAUUCCAAUGGUUGUCCUACCGAUCAUUUCAUUAUGGGUGCCAUCUAUAAGAGCAGUUUGUCGGGCAAGGUUCUACUAUCACACUUUGAUGCUUUCAAAUUCCCUUCUUCCGAAGUGGUGCAAUUUAGAGCUUUGGUCACUCCCUGCAUGCCAACCUGUGAACCGGUACAAUGUAACCAGGAGGACAUUAGCGGUGAAUACAAAUCCCUACUAUCAUUUGGACGUAAACGUAGAUCUCUUAAUGUAACAGCUUCCUUUGGUAAUGGUAUUGCAGAUGCUGGCAAUCAAGAACAUCAUCACCAGCAACAUCAACAUCAGCUCAGAAGACAACGUCGUGAAACAACGAAGAAACCUAGUCAAGAAGAUAUGCUUUUGGUACAAUCAAUUCAGAUCACUGACAAAUUUGGCUUCGAUAAACAACAGCAACAACAAUCGAAAGGCAGUGGUUACGAUACAAGUGAAACUGUAUUCAUUGCUAGUGAUGUAACAACACAAGGAUUCUGUGUUAAUGCCAUUGGUAUCAUUGUUGCCGCUACUGUUUUCUUAUUGGCACAACUAGCCGUCAUAGCCAUUUGGACUUAUCUGUAUCAAAGACGUCGGAAAUUACAACCCUACAGCAAUGAAGGAAUAAGCAGUGCUUCUAGCUAUGGAUCACAUACAACAUCGUCUGCUUCAACUAUGCAGGGUGGUAAUAUACCAAAUGCGAGAUCAGAGUCAUUAUGUAAAUUAUACGAGGGUGGUUUUGCAGCAAGGCAUGGACGUCAAUUUUAAAGGGAUUUAAAAAGGAAUUGAACUAAAAACCAAGCAAAUAGUAUUUCAAAAUGUUAAGAUUAACAAACAAACGCAAAUAAGGAAACCACCUUAGUAAAAUGGAUUAAAAACAAACAACAACUUGCCACAAAAGAAAAAAAUUUGAAAACAAAAUAAUAUUUUGUUUAAAUUAAAAAAGAAAAAUAAAAAC